UGCUCCACACUUUACAGACAACAAAAUUUAUUACUUCCCAAAGUAACAAGUGUCUGAGUUUCACUUGGCUCUAUUUGUGCUUUACGCUGCUGAAAAUAUAUCGAAAUUGUUUGUAGCGGCAAUAUGACGGCCGUACCAGGACGAGCUCUGCACUAUGUAUUCAAAAUUGGUGAUCGCAGCAAGAAUUCCUUCUUCUUCCGCACGAUUCUGGGAAUGCAGGUUUUGAGGCACGAGGAGUUCAAAGAAGGCUGCGAUGCCGAAUGCAACGGACCCUAUGAUAAUCGCUGGAGCAAGACCAUGGUCGGCUAUGGGCCAGAGAAGUCGCAUUUUGUCAUUGAGCUAACGUACAAUUAUGGCGUGAAGAGCUACGACCUGGGCAACGACUUUGGCGGCAUCACUAUCAACUCCAAGGAUAUCUUAAAGCGUGCCGCCGAGCACUCAUAUCCCAUUGCCAAGCAGGGUGAUAAAAGUGUUCUAACCUCGCCAGAUGGCUAUAAGUUCUACAUUGUAGACACAGCGCCCGGCAGUGAUCCGAUGCAACAGGUUGAGCUCCAUGUGACCAAAUUGGAUGCGUCACGCAAGUACUGGACGGAGCUGCUUAAGAUGAACGUGUUGAGUGCCAGCGAGGACUCCAUUCUGCUCGCAUAUGACGCGAAACAGACAGCUCUGCGUCUCACGGCUCUGAAAGAGCCUCUGGAUCGGGCCAAGGCAUAUGGUCGCAUUGCCUUUGCGGUGCCUGCAGCCAUUCAGAAGCCAUUGUACGAUGAGGUCCAGAAGGCGGGCGGCACCAUAUUGAAACCAUUGAUAACACUGGACACACCCGGCAAGGCGACCGUCACGGUUCUAAUUCUGGCCGAUCCCGAUGGUCACGAGAUAUGCUUUGUCGAUGAGGAGGGCUUCUCGGAGCUCUCCCAAGUGGAGGAAAAUGCUGCGGCGCAACUGGACAAGUAUAUACGCAAAGAUCCAUUCCAGGAGAAGUAGCAGGGGCAGGGCCAGGCGCAGGCGCAGCAGUAAAUCAACCAACAUCAAUUGGGCCGCAUUCUUAAUCGUAAUCAAUGUAAACAGAUCGGGCACUUAUUAUAUAAAUAUUAUUAUUAUUAUUUUUUUUUAAAUGCUAUUUACACACAUUUUGAGAAAAUGCAUAAAUUUAUUUAAGUGGUAACCUUGUUAAAAAUCGCUUAUUUUCGUUUACAAAGGGUUCGUGCGGCUUUAUAUAACUAUAUAUCACGCUCUAUAAACCAAUUCGAUUUCAAGCCGAUCAUAAACGAGCUCGUUCAAGAGUUAGUCGGGAAAAAGCAGAGUUUGUUGCCAGCUGCUGGGCUCCGGAAUAAGUUGGAUUGUUAAUAAAAGUCGGCUAUGCUAGUUA